AUGCUCUUGGACUCAAUUACAGGAGCUUUGGGAGCACCAUUUUUAUUGGAGGACCCAGCAAACCAAUUCCUACGUCUCAAAAGACACAUAUAUUUGCAGGAUUACUGGGACUCAGAUUACAGUCCGAAUACGUGGGGAAGCACACUGGCUAAUCAGGCUUAUGAAACAUGGACUGCUUUGAAAACAACAGCACAGUAUUACCUGAAUGUGAAUAAUUUGCCCCAUGACACAUCUACUGCCCAGUAA